CUUCAAGGGAUCCAUCCUGUCUUCUUCCUUAAACCAAAGACAGCAGUCGUCGCUAUUCACAAUGUCAGAUCCAAACAUCCAAGUUGCAGAGACAAUCCAAACAGCAUCUCUCAACCGCAACCUGUCUCCGGCUCACGACGUCAACCCUUCGGCCUCAACCUCGGAGAAACAGCCAGCCGUCCGCACUGCGCCCUCUGAGGCUCCCAGCAUCCCAUCAGACAUUGUCGACGCUAGUAGGAUGAUCAGGCCUGUUUCAAGACACCGGAAUCUCCCACCUUUGCCGGACUUACGAUUCGAGCAGAGCUAUCUGGCCAGCUUGAGGGGAGCUGAAACCUGGGGGCGCGUAGCAUGGAUUACUAUCCGAGACCAGGUCUUCCUCCCGCUCAUUCAAGGUACGCUCUGGACUCUCGCACUCUCAGGCUGGCGCUAUUGGAACCGCAGCACGGCUCUCAGUGGCAGAUCUUUGGGAAGCAGGGUACGUAAAUGGUGGUAUGAGGUUAACAACUGGGAGCUUCCUCCUGCGACGAGUCGACGAGUUUUUGCACAAAUGCAAAACUUUCUGCAGAACUAUUCCGCGCAUUUUUAAUAUACCAUUGGAUAUUCGUCAAAUCCACGCGUAUAAUCAAUCUAUAGUCUGCCCCUAAAGGGAAAGUAUGGGCUAGAUUCGACUGCAUGCUUAGGAGUUAUGGAAUGGCGUUCCAAGGUACUUACGGAGUCUCUGUCUUUACUGUCUGGAACUAUGAAUGCUCGUGGAUAUCUUGUCAUUUUCUAGAUCUUCCGCA